AUGGCCCCCAAGCGCGCCGCGAAGAAGCCGGCGCCCCCGCCACCGCCUCCGGCUGCCUCCUCCGAGGAGGAGGACUCCCGCUCGCGCUCCGAGGAGGAGGAGGACGAAGACGCCGAGUCCCCUCCCCCCGCCCCCACCCCGGCCCCCAAGAGCACGCCGGCGCCCCCGCAGGAGGGAGAGGAGGAGGAGGAGGAGGAGUCUGAAGAGGAAGACGAGGAGGAGGAGUCUGAUGAGGAGCCCGCCCGCGCGUCCCCGGCCCCCGCCGCCACCCCCAAGAACAAGCCUCCGCCGCCGCAACAGGGAGGUGACUCCGACUCUUCCGACGAGGAGGAGGAAGAGGAGCCCACCAAGACGGCCCCUCGCUCCGCUCCCAAGAAGCAGCCCCCACCGCCCCCGCCGCGGCAGGGCGAGGAAUCGGACGCCUCCGACGAGGAAGAAGAGGAGGGUGAGUCCGAGGAGGAGGCGCCGCCGCCGCCGAAGCUUGCUCCAAAGCAGGCGCCAGAGGGCCGGAAGCCCCAGGCAGCGGCCGAGACCAAGAAGCCUGCCGCUUUCAGCCGCAUCUGGUCCACCGACGACGAGGUGCGUAUCCUCGAGGCCCUCGCGGAUCACCAAAAGCAGCACGGCACGCUGCCGCAGCCCGACGCCCUCGUCGACGCCCUUGCAGGGAAGCUCGACAACCGGGCCUACGGCAGCAAGGAGCUCCAGGGGAAGGUCCUGGCCCUCAGGCGUCGGUACCUCGCGCUCAGCAAGAAGGGCGAGCUCCCGAGCAAGGAGCAUGACCGCCGGGUGCUGGAACUUUCCAAGAUGGUCUGGGAAGGCGGCGACAUGGUCACCGCCGCAGCUGCCUCUGCCAAGUCUGCGAAGGCGGCAAAUGGCCAGGAGCCAAAGGGGUUCGAGGAGAUGUGCGAUCUGUAUCCGUACCUAGCGGAGCAUGUGAAGGAGCUGGAUGCGGCGAACCCGGGCAUUUUCAAGAGGCAGUUCGGGAUGAUGGACGAGGAUAAGGCGCGCGCCAUGGACGAGAAGAUCAAGAGGCAGCGGGUGGCGCAGAUGAAGGUGGAGCUGCGCCGCCAUGACCUGGUAAGGGAGGUGACCAAGGCCAUCAUCGACUUGGUCGACUGA